AUGUCUGCACGGAUGCUGAAGAAGCUGCAGGGCGACGCUGACAAGUUGGCGCCGCCGCCCGACGACGAGGAUUGCGAGGAGCUGACCGACAACGAUGAACUGGAGGACAGCGAUAUGCGACGCGACCGCAAGGCGCACCUCAAUCCAUUCGAUUUGCUAAAUCAACCCGGUCUGAGUCUCUCGGAGAGUGAGUUCAAGGAGGACGACAACGAAACGGAGCACCCCUCGGCUGCUCUGCCCAAUGCCAGUGCCACUGCGGCCAAGAAGAAGAAAAAGAAGCGCAAGAAGAAGGCCAAGUCCAGUGGCAAUCACAUCAGCAGCGAGGACAACGAGCGCCAGGACAAGUACUUCGAGAAGGUGGAUCCGCUGCUUGGCAAGGUCUACGAUGCGGUGCCCAGGCAGUCGGCGAAGCAGGUGGCAUCGGCGGCUGCUGGGAGCUCCGCCACCAAGAAACUGCUGGCCGUGGAGCUGAGACAUCUGAAUCCGCAGAACGAAAUGCGACGCACCUUUGGCAAGCGGGUGGUCAAAGUCGAAACUAAGCGUGGCCGGCAGAAGCCCACCCUAAAGUCCACCUACAUGGUGACCGCCAAGGAAUCGUGGCCGGCACUGACCAAGAACACCAUCACCAUGAAGCUGCUGCCCGCCCCCGACUCGCCGUCGGUGUCCUCCAAAUCCAUCACUGACAGCGGGCAGGAAGUCCAGUGGUUUGCCUUCGAACACAGCCAAUACUACCAGGGAGUGCAGCACAUGUUUCUGUCCGCCCUGGAGCGCAUUGACUCGGAAUUUCUGAUUACACUGAUCAAGCGAUGCCCUUACCACGUGGAUUCCUUGGUCCAGCUGAGCGAGGUGUGCAAGAUGACAGAGGAUUUUGCCCUGGCUUCAGAGCUUUUGGAGCGCGCCCUACUCCUCCUGGAAUCGUCGCUGCACAUUAACUUCAGCCUGACGUCGGGCAACUGCCGACUGGACUAUCGUCGCCAGGAAAAUCGAUCCUUCUACAUCGUGCUGUUCAAGCACGCCCAGUACCUGGAGGAGCGCGCCUGCAGCCGCACCGCCUUUGAGAUCUCCAAACUGCUGCUGAGUCUGCAGCCGGACACGGAUCCGCUUGCCAUGAUCCUGGUCAUCGACUACUAUGCUCUGCGCAGCAAGCAGUUUGGCUGGCUAGUAGAGUUCUACGAGGAAUAUAACGCCGCCAGAAACCUCAAUCAGCUGCCAAACAUGGCCUACUCGUAUGCUCUGGCUCUGCACACGCUCCAUGGCGCCUGUGAGCGCUCCAACCAGGCACUGCAAUACGCACUGCUCAUGUUCCCGGGUGUGCUGCGUCCCCUCCUGGACGAGAUGUCAGUGCAAACGGACAAGAGGGUGCUGGCCUCAUCGUACUUCUUUGCGGAUGUGUCGGGCAAUCAAUCGCCCGCCCUGCACCAGCUGGUGUGCCUGUAUGUGUGCCGGGCACGAGUCGUUUGGCGUCAGAACGAGGUGCUACCCUGGCUGGAGUCCAACGUGAAUGUUGUACUGGAUCGCAUUGAGACUAAGGAUCCGCUGGUCAAUGAGUACAAGGAGAAGCGAGCACUGCGGUAUAGUGGAACUCCUCCGAGGCCCAUCCUGCGGCAUGUCAUACUCUCCGAUUACAAGGAAAAGGUGCCGCUGGCCGUCUUCGUCUCCAAGGAGAAACAAGCCAUCAUGACCUACGACCCACUGCCGCCACCGAACAGCGUCAACUGCUAUCAGCGAAAAUCUUCUUCAAGCAGCAGUCCCACAACGAACACGAACAAUUCCGUAUCAAUGUUUUUCCAGUCGCUUUUGCCUUCUUUUAACAUUAACAAUCUGGCGGCAAAUGCUCAGCCCCAGGAAGCUGGAGCAGCACCAGCAGCAGCAGGGGCAGGACCAGCUCCAGCUCCACCUGUAGCCAACUUUGAAGCGGGCGUUGAAGCAGGAGCUGCCGGAGUAGUUGGAGCCAUCCGAGCGGAAGAAGCUGGACUCCAGCAGUCGUUAAACCUGAUGAUGGACGCAAUGCGGGACUUCCUGCAGAACUUCCGGAUUGCGGAGCACUUGCGUUCACCGGAAACGGCGGCGGCGCAGUCCACGAGCAGCAACGACGAGGAGGAGGGCUCCAGUGACUACGUUGACUAGUCAAUUUGUCAAUUAUGUGAAACGUAUCAAAGUUUGUCGGACUUGUGGCUCGGAACUUGUUUAUUGGAAACCACCUUUUGCUAAUCCCUCAGCUAAGCGACACCGUCACAAAAUGGAAAUAUAUAACAUAUAUUAUAUAUUAGAGCAAUUUGAAGACCAUACAAAACAUAAACUUAUGCAUUGAAUAAAAUUUUCCAGUACAAGCUUUAGAUCAAAAAAGCGGUGACAGUUUUGAGCUUAAA